CUGUAAUCUGUUGUAGAUUCAUAACAAACCAGAAGCCCUACUUUCGCCAUUGAUUCUGCUGCUGUAAGCUCUCAUUAUAUACAGAUUUUCAAUCGAGAUUCGUUGAUCCAGUGGAAGAAGUGAGCAUCGGGGGAGAUAGAGAGUGGUAUCAUUAGUAUACAGAGAGAGAAUUGCUUCUGUAUGUCAGUAGAUUGUACGCACUGCGAUUACUACGGUGGAUUUGGUGAGCUUGCUAACCCCCUACAAUGGCCUCAACUUCGCAAAAGGCGCCGCAUUCUUCCGAUGAUUCACUUCCGAUCCACCGUCAGGCGGUUUCGGCUGACGUCGUUGUCGUCGACAACUGGCAUAAUAACGAGAAGAAGACGCCGAUCAAGAAUUCAUCAAUCAUUUCCUUGAUCAAUCCUGCUGAUCCUUCCGCUAAUGCUUCCACUAAAGGAAUCCAAAUCCUCACAAGGGCUCAAACUAGCCAUCCUCUGGACCCAUUAUCUGCUGCUGAAAUUAAAGUGGCUGUGGCAACUGUCAGGGCAGCUGGAGCGACCCCUGAGGUCAGAGAUGGUAUGCGUUUUGUGGAGGUGGUUCUAUCAGAACCAGAUAAAAAUGUUGUUGCACUUGCAGAUGCUUACUUUUUUCCACCAUUCCAACCUUCAUUGUUACCCCGAAGCAAAGGUGGAGCUGUAAUACCUAGUAAGCUUCCUCCAAGGAGAGCUAGGCUUGUUGUUUACAAUAAAAAAUCAAACGAGACAAGCUUAUGGAUUGUUGAACUCUCUGAGGUACAUGCAACAACUCGAGGUGGACAUCAUAGGGGAAAAGUCAUUUCAUCACGAACUAUUCGAGAUGUUCAGCCUCCCAUGGAUGCUGUGGAAUAUGCUGAAUGCGAAGCUGUUGUGAAAGAUCACCCUCCCUUUCAGGAGGCUAUGAAGAAGAGGGGCAUUGAAGAUAUGGAUCUUGUGAUGGUUGAUGCUUGGUGUGUCGGUUAUCAUAGCGAAGCUGAUGCUCCUAGCCGCAGAUUAGCAAAACCACUUAUAUUCUGCAGGACAGAAAGUGACAGUCCAAUGGAAAACGGAUAUGCACGGCCAGUUGAAGGCAUCUAUAUUCUAGUUGAUAUGCAAAACAUGGUAGUACUUGACUUUGAAGACCGCAAACUUGUUCCUCUGCCUCCUGCUGAUCCAUUGAGAAACUACACUCCUGGUCAUACACGAGGUGGUGUUGAUCGAAGUGAUGUAAAACCCCUACAGAUUCUUCAGCCUGAUGGACCAAGCUUCCGUGUUAAUGGGCAGUAUGUGGAGUGGCAAAAGUGGAACUUCCGUAUUGGGUUCACUCCAAGAGAGGGUUUAGUAAUACAUUCUGUUGCGUAUGUUGAUGGUAGCCGAGGUCGAAGACCCAUAGCUCAUAGAUUGAGCAUUGUUGAGAUGGUUGUGCCCUAUGGUGAUCCAAAUGAUCCACAUUAUAGAAAGAAUGCGUUUGAUGCAGGGGAAGAUGGCCUUGGGAAAAAUGCUCAUUCUCUUAAGAAGGGAUGUGACUGCUUGGGUUAUAUCAAGUACUUUGAUGCGCAUUUUACAAACUUCACUGGAGGCGUUGAAACAAUUGAAAAUUGUGUAUGUUUGCAUGAGGAGGAUCAUGGUAUCCUUUGGAAGCACCAAGACUGGAGAACUGGCUUAGCAGAAGUACGAAGAUCUCGGCGACUCACAGUGUCAUUUAUAUGUACUGUGGCCAACUAUGAAUAUGGUUUUUAUUGGCACUUUUACCAGGAUGGAAAGAUUGAAGCUGAAGUUAAACUUACAGGAAUUCUCAGCUUAGGAGCACUGCAGCCUGGAGAAGUUCGAAAAUAUGGUACAACUAUUGCACCAGGAUUGUAUGCACCAGUUCAUCAACACUUUUUUGUUGCUCGUAUGGAUAUGGCGGUUGAUUGCAAGCCUGGAGAAGCAUACAAUCAGGUUGCUGAAGUUAAUGUCAAAGUUGAAGAAUCUGGGAAAGAUAAUGUCCAUAAUAAUGCAUUCUACACCGAGGAGACAUUGCUUAAAACUGAAUCUCAAGCAAUGCGUGAUUGCAAUCAGUUAUCUGCUCGUCAUUGGAUUGUUAGAAACACGAGGACUGUGAAUAGGACCGGACAGCUGACUGGCUAUAAGCUUGUACCAGGUUCAAAUUGCUUGCCUUUGGCAGGUUCGAAGGCCAAGUUUUUGAGAAGGGCUGAAUUUCUGAAGCAUAAUCUUUGGGUUACACCCUACGCACUUGACGAGAACUUUCCUGGAGGAGAGUUCCCUAACCAGAAUCCACGUGUUGGUGAAGGGCUGGCCUCCUGGGUCAAGCAAAAUCGUUCUCUUGAAGAAACUGAUAUUGUUCUUUGGUAUGUAUUUGGGAUCACUCAUGUUCCCAGAUUAGAAGAUUGGCCUGUUAUGCCAGUGGAGCACAUCGGCUUUAUGCUUCAGCCACAUGGAUUCUUCAACUGCUCACCAGCAGUUGAUGUCCCUCCAGGAGCAUGUGAAGCCGAUACGAAAGACAGCGAUGUUAAAGAAGGCGUUGCUCCCAAGCCCGUUUCAAACGGUUUGAUUGCGAAGCUUUGACGUUUACGCCAACCAAACCGUCUCUUACCUUUCUUUAUCUUUUAGCCUGUCUGUCCUUCAUCCGUAGUUCAAAUUCGUACUAUUUAAAAAACUGGACUUUAGUUAUCUAAAUUUGACCCGGUCCCGGUUCGGGUUCGGGUU